UCAAACUUAACAGACACUAACAAUGUCAGUUAUCCCAUCAGACAUGGCCAGUGAGAGAGAUCUCUUGUCCACUGAGAUCGUCAACCGUGGGAUCGAGUCCUCCGGCCCCAAUGCCGGAUCGCUCACGUUCUCCGUCAGGGUCCGGAGGCGGCUGCCGGACUUUCUCCAAUCGGUGAACCUUAAGUACGUCAAGUUGGGCUACCACCACCUCAUCAACAAUGCUAUAUACCUGGCCACCAUACCCUUUCUGGUCGUGGUUUUCAGUGCUGAGGUUGGGAGUCUCAGUAGGGAGGAGCUGUGGAAGAAGCUCUGGUUUGAUGCGCGUUAUGAUCUUGCAACCGUGCUUGGUUUCUUUGGGGUCUUUGUGUUCACCUUGUCUGUAUACUUCAUGUCACGCCCUCGCUCCAUCUACCUCAUUGAUUUUGCUUGCUUUCGCCCUAGCGACGAUCUAAAGGUGUCAAAGGAGCAAUUCAUAGAGCUAGCAAGAAAAUCAGGCAAGUUUGAUGAACCGAGCCUCGAAUUCCAGACUCGAAUUCUCAACUCAUCAGGUUUAGGAGACGAAACCUACAUCCCAAAGUCAGUGAUCACCUCCACCGAGAACACUGCAACCAUGAAAGAAGGUCGAGCCGAGGCCUCAAUGGUGAUGUUCGGAGCACUGGACGAGCUCUUCGAAAAGACCAAGGUCCGUCCCAAGGACGUAGGUGUUCUUGUGGUGAAUUGCAGCGUAUUCAAUCCCACACCCUCCUUGUCCGCCAUGAUCAUAAACCACUACAAGAUGAGGGGCAACAUUUUGAGCUACAAUCUGGGCGGCAUGGGGUGCAGCGCUGGGAUCAUAGCCGUUGAUUUGGCUAGGGACAUGCUUCAGGCAAACCCCAACAACUAUGCUGUGGUGGUAAGCACUGAGAUGGUGGGAUAUAAUUGGUACCCGGGCAGUGACAGGUCUAUGCUCAUUCCCAACUGUUUCUUCCGCAUGGGUUGCUCAGCCGUGCUUCUCUCCAAUCGCCGCCGUGACUACCACCGUGCCAAGUAUCGCCUCGAACACAUCGUUCGAACACAUAAAGGCGCUGACGACCGUAGUUUCAGGUGUGUGUACCAAGAAGAAGAUGAGCAAAGACUCAAGGGGCUAAAGAUCAGCAAAGAGCUAGUGGAAAUUGGUGGUGACGCACUGAAAACCAACAUCACCACUCUCGGACCGCUAGUCCUGCCCUUCUCGGAGCAGCUCCUCUUUUUCGCUACAUUGGUCUCGAGGCACUUGUUCAACAACGGAGCUUCACAGCCCUCUUUAUCGUCAGGCAAGAGACCCUACAUUCCCGAUUUCAAGCUGGCAUUUGAGUGCUUCUGCGUGCACUCCGCGAGCAAGACUGUGCUGGAUGAGCUGCAGAGAAACCUCGAGCUCAGCGACGAGAACAUGGAGGCAUCGAGGAUGACACUGCACCGAUUUGGUAACACUUCGAGCAGUAGCAUAUGGUAUGAGCUGGCUUACAUGGAAGCAAAAGAGAAAGUGAAGAGAGGAGACCGAGUUUGGCAGUUGGCGUUCGGGUCUGGAUUCAAGUGCAACAGCAUUGUUUGGCGGUCCAUGCGCCGGGUUAGGAAGCCUUCAAGGAAUCCAUGGCUUGACUGCAUUGAAAGAUACCCAAUCAUGAAUUGAAAUUGAGCUCUAGCUAAGCUAGGGUUAUGAAGAUAUACUGAAGAUGAAGAGGCCUAGUUAAUCAAUAUUAAUGUGGAUGAUACGUGCUGAUGACUAAAAAGUAAAAACUCGUUCAGUUUUCUUUUUAUUCUCUUCAAUAAUAUUCUCCGCAAUUCUCUUUGAACUUAAGACAUCGAUAAGUCCAGCAUAAAAAAAGGCUUUCUUCAAUGCGGGAUCAGAUAGGAGUGUGAAACAGCAGCGGAGUACGUGGUUGCCUCACAUCCAGCAUUAGAGAAUUCUUGGGCAUAUAGAUGUUGUAAAUCAAUUGUACGUUUUCAAAGUAUUUGAAUUAGGGCUUUGUACGUUUAUGUUAAUGUUAUUUGCACUUCAAAAAGGAGGUGUCAAUAGUAUUCUAGCAUGAAUGCAAACCUUGAGCGAUUGAAAUAAUACUUGUGAUGUUUACCUUCUAA